AUGCCGCUGAGCCGGACCGUGGUUCCGCUGCAGACGCUCCUAGACGGACGGGCGGGCAGGGCCCUGGGGCUGGCACGAGUCAGCAGCACCCCGGCGCCGGGCAGCAUGGACAGAGGAAAUGUCAUUUCCCACAAGGACAUGAAAGUGCUGGUCGACAGCGGGAAUGCUCGGAUUAUCGACGUGCGGUUGCCAGGGGAGGUGGCGAAUGGCCAUAUCGCCAACUCGGUCAAUAUUCCAGUGGCAGAAGUCGAGGAAGCCCUGAAAAUGGACCCUGAGACAUUUAAGAUGAAGUAUGGUGUGGACAAGCCACGGAUGGAUGACGAGAGCUUGAUCUUCCACUGUCAGAUGGGCAGGAGAGGGGCUCAAGCCACAGAGAUCGCCAUAAACCUUGGCUACACCAAGGCCCGUAACUACACAGGUGGCUACAAGGAAUGGUCUGAGAAGGAAGUGAAGUGAAGUGGGAACGAUUCUGCGAGGGCUGGUGUCUGUCCCUCCACGCCCAGCAUCUGGCUUUGCCCUGAGGACUCUUUUUUCGCUUUCUUGCUGCAAUGUUGUCCCAUUGCUGCUGACACCCAGUGCUGGGAUGGGAACGCUCUGGGCCCUGGUGGGCUCUUGACUAACGCACCUGUCUGAGAAGCUGCCACUCUGCUUUCCGCCUCACCUUCCAGCCCAGUGUCUCACCUGCUCCAUAUGUAGUCACCCCCCUGCCCCGAUAGCAGCUGGGGGGUUCAGAUACUUUAUUGGGGAUGGGGAGAUAUCUGCACCCUCCCAUUCACUCCAUCUCCCCUGGGAAUCUGGGACCCCACCCAUAUGCUUCCUGUGGGGUAAGUCCUCCUCAGCUUAGAUCUGAUGGUCAUUUCAUUUGGGUAGAUUUGAUGGUCAUUUUGCUAUCCCACCUCGUUCUCCAGCUGAAUCUGCUGCUUCCAUCUGUAGCCUGCUAUUUCCACAACAUACUGGGUGCCCCUCAGCCAUCUCUGCACGGAGGAUUAUCUCCGCAGCCACGCCUGGAAAAGAGAGCUCUCUAGCAUUUCCUCUAAUGUAGUACCCGGCUCUGAUAAGGGGUGGGACGUAUGUUAUGGCAGCAAGGCAAUAGUGGAAAUUCCUCAGGGUCAGCCAGGUAUGAUAUUAUACUAAACAUGUUUAAAGUCUUUGUACGGAUCUGUGUUUCUCAGCCUCUUCAUUGGGAGAGCCCUUAUUGACAUUAAAAAAAUUGCACAAUCUUC